GAAGAUGGCUGCCGCGCGUUACGAAAGACCGGACGAUCUGGCGCGGGGAAGCCGUUUCCCGAUCGUUGAGACAAUCGCCGCGCCGUCGUCCGCUCUCCUCAGUCGUCGGGCACGGUGGUGGCCGUCGACGCGAUGGUAUACGACAUCAAGUGGAUCAUACCGAAACUACGGAAUCCGUCCCGACUAUGGAACAUCGCGAGCAGCAUAACCUUCGCGGCGGUGGGAAUUUUUUCGAAAAUCAUCAUAGAAUGGCUGAACAAAACGACGGUGUACAACAAGCGCAUUAUCGUGCGCGCCUUAGACCUCCGGCCGAAAAACGUGCCGCUCAUUACCGUGUCUAAUCAUCACAGUUGCUUCGACGAUCCGGGUAUAUGGGCGACCCUGGACUUCCGGCAUGGGUUUAACCGACAUACGAUACGAUGGUCGCUCGCCGCACACGACAUUUGUUUCACGAAUGUCUGGCAUUCCUACUUUUUUAUGCUCGGCAAGUGCAUACCCAUCAUCCGAGGUGACGGCGUGUAUCAGGAGGCCAUGGACUUCUGCAUCGAAAGGCUGGCCCUUGGCGAGUGGGUGCACGUCUUCCCCGAGGGAAAAGUCAAUAUGCUUAAAGAAGACAUGAGGUUGAAAUGGGGCGUGGGUAGAUUAAUAUUAGAAUCGCCCGUAACGCCUAUCGUAAUUCCUAUCUGUCAUCUCGGUAUGGAUGAAGUACUUCCCAACGAACCGCCGUAUAUGCUUAAAGUGGGAAAAAGAGUUACCAUGAAUUACGGUGACCCUAUAGACUUUAGCGGAUUACUAGACGAAUUGCGGGAGUCAAAAGCGAGUGAGAUGGAAGCGCGAAAAGCGAUAACUGAUCGCAUUCAGGAAGAGCUUUUAAGAUUGAAAGCAGCAACGGAAAAGCUUCACUCUAAGUUAUGACGAAGACGAUGUCUUUUCCGUCGUCCCUCCAUCUAGCCUCAAUUUGCCAAAAAUAUAAAGAGAAAUUGAUACGUCAACAAAAGUGAGAUUUGUAUGUAAACAUAAGUCCAUGCGAAAUUAGUUCUCUUUUUAAUGCGUAUAUUCGUAUUAUAAUAGUAUUUUUGACAAUAUUGAAUAUCAUAAUGUAAGCGUCAAUUAUACAAGUCAUUCUGCGAAUGACUUUUCCAUCAUUUUUUUAAUUAUUCCUCAUAACUCUCCGAGAGAUCUUGAUACGCCUACAUAAAAUGUUAUCGAACAGUUACGCACUCGCUCUUUUGCAAUUUUAUAUUCCUCUAUGAAUAUGAAGUUGUGAUUGUUUACUGAUCAAUGAAAUUUAUUUUUUAAGAGUAACAAGAGAAUAACGAUAUGUGAUAACUAAUUAAAUAUAAAAUUUUAUUUUUUGUUUUUUAAUUGUUUUGAAUAUAGACUCUUAAUAUAAGUUUUAUUUAUGUUAGCUUCAUCUUACAUAUAUUAGACCCGUAUUCAAAUAUUCGUAUAAAGAUGUUAGCUUCUUGGUUAUUCUGUCAUUGUUUUAUGUUUACGUCUAAUAAACGAUAAAAACAAUGUAAAAAUAAAAGAAUAUAGAAUAACAAAAAAGACGUGCCAACACAGUCUUAUAAUCGCGUUCUGAAUACGGGCUUUAAUCUUUAAGUUAUAGUGACGAUCAAAAUGUUUUUGAACAAAGAGUUGAUUGCAAUUUUCUUAGAGAUUCGUAGCGAAGAAAGAGUGCACACAAGCUUUCGAUACAUCUUGCUAGUAUAUUCUUUCCCGGGGAGUUACAUAUUUCUUGAAUAACAUCUAUUGUAACGUAUUGUACUGGUUUGUAUAAUAAUUUAUAAAUAUUUAUAUACAAGAGAUGUGUCUCACUUCUCGAGCGCAAAAGUGGAGUUUCUUGUGUAUAUAUAUUACAUAUUAUAUCUGUACAUAGUAUUAAUAAAUAUAACACUGUCAUUAUGAUUUUACGAUGAUUGUCAAUAAAAAUUUUGAUAGUACAAGCAAAGAUUUACGCAGUGCAACAGAGGUUUGAUAACGUAAUUAUAAAAAUCGUGCCAGUAUUUCAUCCAUUAUUUUAUUUUCAAAGAUUCCAAAGUGUCACUAUUAGUGCGAGUAUAGCUAUACUUGGCCAUUAUUGAUUAUAUGCUUCGUGCUCUUGUUACAAGCACCGUGCCAAUUAAUCGAUUUGUACUAGUUUUGUUUAGCAGACGCGUAAUAGGCAUUCACGUGAUUAAGAUAAACGAGCGUUACAACUAAUGUACAGCAUAGAAUGUUCGCUUACCACUUGCAAGUUGUAAUACUGUAAUUUUAAAAUUUGCAUAAAAACUCGUUUGUGAAAAGCAUGGAUGUAGCAUGGACAGGAAGUGAUUUUUUACUGUUCCGCUCAAUAGCUAUGAAAGAAAAAAAGACCAAUGUAUCCGUUCGCUGAUGAUGCAUGAUUUUUUUGGAUAUUUAUUGCGAUAUAUUUAAGUUACAACAGCUGUUAUUAUGACAAUCGCAUAUCUAUGUACGCUCUCGUGCGUGUGCGUAUAUACACAAUGUUGAAUACAUAUACUUUUAUACUAUACACACGGACUGCUAUCAAAAUUUUUGGAGCUAUUCGAACGUGAUAAAUUUGUAUAUAUCAUAUACUUGUUGAAUAUAUUAUUAAGUAUUAAAAUAUCGUCUUUCUCUAUCGUUUGAAAUAAAACUGUCUUGUUUGU